UUUUGCUUUUGUCAACACUCACGCGUUGACAGUUCGGCACGAGAUUUCCUGUAAGUGCGAGCAACCUACGAAAUCUCUUUCAACGCUGGCAAGGCCUAUACAAGCCGCUUGGUUUCCUAUCGUGUUGAAACAGGUAAAAACGUAAUUUGUACCGAUUAAUCGACUUCCACAGCAUAAGUAUAAACUUCGGGUACAAUUAUUCCUGUUGGUGAGUUGAUCGCAAGUGAAAGAUGUCGAGUACUUCUCAAAAACAUAGAAAUUUUGUUGCUGAACCCAUGGGUGAUAAACCGGUAACGGAUUUGGCUGGCGUCGGGGAUGUUCUCGGGAAGAGACUGGACGCAGCUGGUUUCGACAAGGCAUAUACGGUACUCGGACAGUACCUACUGUUGAAAAAAGAUGCCGAACUGUUCAAGGAUUGGAUGAAGGACACUUGUCAGGCAAACUCGAAACAAGCAGCGGAUUGCUAUCAAUGUUUAAACGAUUGGUGCGAAGAGUUUUUGUAAAUUGCUUUAAUGUUUUGUCCUCUGACACGUUCACAAUUUGUUUUCAUUUGUGUAGCUUGAUUUUACCAUAUAACUCCGUUUAAAAAGUAUGAACACAAGAGAAAUAUAUUAACAAAUAU